AACAGCGUUAGUGUUUUGAGAUAGCAUACCAUGUUAUUACAGGCUUUCACUUUAUGAAAACAACAGACAUUAUCAGGCUGUUAACACUUUUGCGGUUCUAUUCCUAUCAAAAACUACGCAGAAACAUUUCGUAUUGGCCAAUUCACGAAGUCCGGUUUGCGGUUGUUGCUAACUUGGCGAUGUAAACUUGAGGUUAGCUUAGCUGCGUCUGUUGGUCGAAGAAGGCAACAAUGGACCACCACCGACUCCACAAUCCCACCUCCAGCUACCGCCACCACCAGUCUGCAUACAAGAGAGAAAGAGAUGACAGCUGGAGAAGUACCGACGAGAACAAACACUUAAAAUUAAACCCCCACCACCACCAUCACCACCACCAUCAGUCUGGGUCAACUCAAAACCCUGUCAGCUCCCGGAGUUUGAGCACCAGACGGGAGCUUUAUGAAAGAGACUUUCCUGUGUACAAACAGCCUGUCGAAGUAGGAUGUUUUUCCCUCGACUCUGAGCGGAGAUUCUUCAACGAUAGAAGACAGAUGAGGUACUAUGUGGAACCUGAUAGAAGUCCUAACUUUGACCUGAGGGAUGGAUACAAGCACCGUUACGUGAAGAGAGACGACGGUGUUAAAGAGAAGUUGGAUCACAUCCUGUCCUGGAUUGUAGCCAACAGAUCAAAGCAUAACUCAAGUGCGACCACAGCCUCGUCACGUGCUUUAGAUGCUGACUUUGUGACAUGGCGGGGUCACCUGACAAAGCUGCUGACCACUCCCUACGAGACACGAGAGGGCUGGUUGUUGGCCGUCACCAAGUUUAGAGGCACGCUUUACAUCAGUGAGCUGGAAACAGAAGCUGCUCGCAGGGAACAAGAGAACCGGACUGAGAGGCAUGAAGAGAUGAUGUACUGGGGUUACAAGUUUGAACAGUACACGUGUGCAGAUGACCCCCACAGUUUACCUGACCCAAGUGGAGUGGUCAACACCAACGAGGCCUUCUGCACGGUGGUGCAGACUCGGCUCGCAGAUCACAGACUGCUGUUCUCUGGUGAGGUGGACUGUCGGGACAAAGACCCCGACGCUCCGGCGCCUCCUGCCUGCUACGUCGAGCUGAAGACCUCCGCGGAGAUCUGCACGCCCAAACAGCGCAGCAACUUCCACAGGUUCAAGCUGCUGAAGUGGUGGGCACAGUCGUUCCUUCCCGGAGUCCCUCGCGUUGUUGCAGGUUUUCGGGAUCACGAAGGAGUCGUUGUGUCUCUGGAGACGUUUCACGUCUCCAAGAUUUCUCAUCUCAUCAAGAAUGAAUACAACUGCUGGAAGCCGACCGUCUGUAUGAACUUUUGCUGUGAUUUCUUGUCUUUUGUGAAGCACGUGGCUACUGAAGACAAUCCAGGUGUGGUGUACCUGUUCUCCUGGGAGCCACGCAGAGAUGUGACCUUCUCUGUCCACAGAGACUCCCACUAUUCAUUCCUGCCACAGUGGUACAUUGAGGGGAUGACCGGUAGUGGAGACUCACGCCAUCAGACCUGAUUUACUGGUCAACUAGGACUGUUGAUAUACUGUAUGUUGCCUCCAAUGGAGGGUCCUUUACCAAAAUAUUACCAAGCAUUUGACAUGUGCACAAUUUUACAUGUGUGACUCGCACGAUUCACCGAUCAAAAGAAAUCACAGCAGUGGUAUCAGUAGUUUCUCAAACUUUUUUAUUCCCUGGUUAUUAAAUGAAUUUAAAUCCACCCCCCAAACAGUGAUAGGUUAUGGAGCCCCAGACAUGACUACGAAAUAGGAAUAACGUGCGCACAAAAUACUCAUUUGUGUAAUAAUUUGGUAAUAAUGAUUCCUUCCAAUGUUAGGCUUUUGUGAAUAUUUUUGUAACUCAUUCCCAAACUAAAGUAAAACUCAAUCAACACUAUCUCCGUCCAUCAUGCAGCUUCAGUCCACCCUUUUUGCUUACGCAGCUCUCAAGGAGAUUCAUGGGACUAAUAAUAGUACUAUUAUUUCCACAAAUUAGAGGUUUUUUUGUUCAUGACCGGGGCUCCGUAAUAUGUCGAUUUUAACAACGUUAGAAAUAGAUUAAAAAUGUAAUGUACAUAAAUGGAAGAUGACUUCAAGUAAGUGCUGCAUCAGCAGUUACAAAGUAUUUCCAUGUAAAAUGUGAAGACAAAACAUGAAAGCGAUGACAGUGACUUCUCAUUCACAACUUCACAACGCCUCAAGACGCGUCACAGAUCUGUUCACAGUCUGCUCUCCACGCAUAAAAAUACAGACCGUUCAUAUCUUGUAAUAGAAACAGAGGUUAGGGAAGGUUUUAGUUGAUGAACUGAAUUAGAAAAAGGAACAUUACACUUUACAUUUUAUCUUUUAGUGGCUGUACAGUUGUCAGGAGAUACUUGAGUCAAACCCAGGCUCAUUUAAUGGCAGAGGAUUUUAAAUCUAGAAAACAAAUCAUGUAAGUUUUUGGUAAAUUUUUGCAGCAAUGUCACUGAUUAAUACAAUAAAGAGUCAAAAAGAC